UGGCUUGCUUGAUUUUCUCUCUGCUGUUGCAGCUUGCUUGACAGCUAGUUUUAAUUUUUGCUAGAACGCAUUUUGUAAACAAUUAAAAUCGAAAAGAAAUUGCAGAAAAUUUAAGUGCGUUCUUAUAUACAGCAGCUUAAUUAUCAUUUCACUUAACAAUUACUAUUUAACAUUCAAAUCAAGAGGGAGAAAGAAUUUCCACAUAGCUUUCUAUAAAACCGACAGUGUAUCAGCCAGCAGGAUCUCGGAAAUUUUCUGAACAUUUAAAAAAUGGAUUGGCGGCAAGCAGAAAUUUUAGAUUUAAUAUGUAUGUAUAGAGAAUCUGAGUGCCUCUGGAACUGCCUUAGUCCAGAAUAUAAGGAUCUCGAAAUGAAAAAAGAAGCAUGGAGAGAAAUUGCAGACCAUUUCGAGAGGGAUAUUGAGGAAGUAAAGAGGAAAAUCAAGCAUUUACGUACCAAUUAUGUUGUUGAAAAAAAGAAAGUCGAGAGAAGAAAAGGUACCACCUAUGAGCCCCGCUUAUUCUACUAUGAUGAGUUAACCUUUUUGGACCCCGUAGUUGUUUUACGAACAAGCCUUCUUAUGGAGUCGUUUCAUGGUGAUGACCCCUUAAAGGAAAAAACUAAUAACCGCCCGAUGAACGGAAAACGUCUGGCUAUUAAGAAGAAAGAAAGGCAAGAUUCUACAGACGAAGAGAUAGAGCGCGUAGAGUAUGAAAGCACUAGAAGUAAUUAUGACAUGAGUGAGAUAAACGGAGCAGCACCGGAAUCGCCACAACCACAACUGACACAGCCGGAAUCGCCACAAUCGGAGGUAGAAAUGCCGACUGAUCUCAGCAAAGAAGAAACAUUUUGUGCGAUGAUUUGCAGUGAACUUAAAUUACUUAAGUCCGAAGAUGUUUAUGAUAAUUUGACUCUGGAGAUAUUUUCAAUUGUAAAGAAUGCUAAAAUGGCAGAGCGUCACAUUGUUUAUCAACCAGAAGAUGACAUGAGAAGAACAUGAGGUGAUAGUUACGACUAAAAAAUACGAACAAUUCGCACGUUUAAUAAUACACAGAAUUAUUUCAAAAUUUCAAUUUUGUGAGAAAACGCAAUUAAAUAUUGAUAAUCGUAUGUUGAAAUCACACGGUAAUUUUGAAUUACAUCUCUGUAUUAUUAAACGUGCGAAAUAAUAUUUUUUACUGUACAAUAAAAAAGUUAUUAUUAAGCAAAUUAGUAUACACGUUCCACUCUGGAACAUUUUGAAUAAAUUAUAAAUAAGCUAUA